UGCACGACUCCAACAGUCAACUGCCCACCUGGACCUCCUGGACCUCCCGGACAGCCUGGAUCACCUGGACAACCUGGAUCACCUGGUCAGCCUGGACAGCCCGGUACCUCCAACUACACUCCAGUCAACUGCCCAUCUCCACCCGGAGGUUGCGUCACUUGCCCACCUGGACCCGCAGGACCACCCGGACCAGAUGGAAAUCCCGGAGGCCCAGGACCCAACGGAAACCCAGGUGGCCCUGGACAGCCUGGUUCAGAUGGACAGCCAGGACAGCCAGGACCUCCAGGAGAUGCUGGAGCACCAGGAAACCCAGGAGGCGAUGGACAACCUGGACAGCCCGGACAGAGCGGCACCACCUCUACCAACACUCCCGGAGGACCUGGACCAGCUGGACCACCUGGAGCUCCCGGAAAUGCAGGAGGACCCGGACAGCCAGGAGGUAACGGAAACGAUGGACCACCCGGACCACCAGGACAGCCAGGAGCACCAGGACAGCCCGGAAACGACGGUCGUCCAGGAAACCCAGGAGGCACAGCACCUCCAGGAGGUGAUGCCGCCUACUGCCCAUGCCCACCUCGCUACAAUGCAGUCGCAGCUGCGGCUAAGAAACGCGUUGCUGCCAGCCGCGUUGCUGCCAAGCACUAA